AUGGACAACGUACAGGACGGUAAGUACACCAGAGACAGGGACCAGUAUAUACAGGUGCACAUAGACAACGUACAGGACGGCAAGAUACAGGUACGCAUGGACAACGUACAGGACGGUAAGUACACCAGAGACAGGGACCAGUACAUACAGGUACACAUAGACAACGUACAGGACGGUAAGUACACCAAAGACAGGGACCAGUACAUACAGGUACACAUAGACAACGUACAGGACGGUAAGUACACCAAAGACAGGGACCAGUACAUACAGAUACACAUGGACAACGUACAGGACGGUAAGUACACCAGAGACAGGGACCAGUACAUACAGGUACACAUGGACAACGUACAGGACGGUAAGUACACCAGAGACAGGGACCAGUACAUACAGGUACACAUGGACAACGUACAGGACGGUAAGUACACCAGAGACAGGGACCAGUAUAUACAGGUGCACAUAGACAACGUACAGGACGGCAAGAUACAGGUACGCAUGGACAACGUACAGGACGGUAAGUACACCAGAGACAGGGACCAGUACAUACAGGUACACAUAGACAACGUACAGGACGGUAAGUACACCAAAGACAGGGACCAGUACAUACAGGUACACAUAGACAACGUACAGGACGGUAAGUACACCAAAGACAGGGACCAGUACAUACAGAUACACAUGGACAACGUACAGGACGAUGUAAGAUCAUCAUUUAUGAAGAUGUCAUCCAUAGCUUCAAAUCUGAAAGAUUUUCCAUACGACUUUGAUUCAAUCACACACUACGGCCCGUACGAGUACGCUAAGAACGCCUCCCUCCCUACAAUAUCGUCCAACGUUUCUGGAAUCAACUUUGGAUACAGCGACAGACUAAGCUGGUACGACGUCCUUAAAGUGCGAGAAUUGUAUGGGUGUACAGCUACGUUAAAAGCCAGGUCCAUUUGGAGGCCGAGUCUCCUUGUAGUAGCUGAUGAUCACCUCACUGAACAAAAUAAGGAAGACCCGUCGCAUGCCGUCCAGAGCAAUAAGUGUCUUGCCUAA